CCCCCCCCCACGCCGCGGUGGGGCGCGGGCCCGUCCCGGCGUUAGGACCCGGCCCGCGCGGUGCCAGCGCGGAUUCCAGGCUGGCUCCCGGGCGUGACGUCAGGCGCGGGCCCGCCCCGGCCCCUCGCGCUCGGGAAAAUGCUGCUGUCGGUGCCGCCGCGCUCCGGCCUGCCCGCCUUCGCCUACAACAAGAGCGGCAAGAAGCAGCCCUAUGUGCCGCCGGCGCAGCCGCUGGCCCCCCCAAGCCCCAGCCCUGCCGGGGGGGCCGCGGACCAGCUCAGCAAGACCAACCUCUACAUCCGGGGGCUGCACCCCGGCACCACGGACCAGGAUCUUGUCAAGCUCUGUCAGCCCUACGGGAAGAUCGUCUCCACCAAAGCCAUCCUGGAUAAGACCACCAACAAAUGCAAAGGUUAUGGCUUCGUCGACUUCGACAGCCCCACGGCGGCCCAGAAGGCCGUGACGGCACUCAAGGCCAGCGGGGUGCAGGCGCAGAUGGCCAAGCAACAGGAGCAGGACCCCACCAACCUCUACAUCUCAAACCUGCCGCUGGGGGUGGAUGAGCAGGAGCUGGAGGCACUGCUGAAGCCCUUCGGGCAGGUGGUCUCGACCCGCAUCCUGCGGGACCCCCACGGGGCCAGCCGCGGCGUGGGCUUCGCACGGAUGGAGUCCACGGAGAAGUGCGAGGCUGUCAUCACCCACUUCAAUGGGAAGUACAUCAAAACGCCCCCGGGGGUGCCAGCCCCCCCGGACCCGCUUCUCUGCAAGUUCGCAGACGGGGGGCAGAAGAAGCGGCAGAGCCAGGGGAAGUUUGUGCCCAACGGGAGAGCCUGGGCCCGGGACGGUGACACGGGCACCGUGACCUUGGCCUAUGAUCCUGCGACGGCGUUGCAGAAUGGGUUCUACCCAGCGCCCUAUGGCCUGGCACCCAGCCGGAUGAUUGCCCCCACGGCCCUGGCCCCGUACCUGCCCUCCCCCGUCUCCUCCUACCAGGUCCACGGCCCCGCCUGGAUGCACCAGUCCUACCUCGUGCAGCCCACGGGCGCGGUGCUGGCCCCCGCUGUGGACCACGCUGUCCCCCUCCAGCCCUCCGUGGUGGCCCCCCUGGCCCAGCAGCUCGGUCACCUCUCGCUGGGCAGCGCCGGCACGUACGUACCCGCAGCCGCCGCCGUCCCCGGAGCCUUCAUCCCACCGUACCCACCGGUGCCGCCCGCCCUCCCACUGGAGGACGGCAGCGCCGCCCCAAGCCACGGCCCCAUCGAGUCGCCGUCCGAGCCCGGCGCCUUCCCCUACACCUACGCCAAGUAGCAGCGGGGGGGGCCACCCCGAGGGACCCCGCACCCGCCGGCUGCUGGGAGGGGGCUGGGCCGGGACCCCCGCCCGGCGCUGCCCCCCCCCACCCCUGCACCCCUCCCCCUGCUGCCGCUGCCGCCUUGGGAAGGACCCGUGUCCCUGCUGGGGGUCCCUGAGCCCGGGGGGGGUCCCAGUGCUGGGGGUCCCGCUGUUCCCAUGGUGUCUCGCUGCCCCCCUCCGCCGCCGGGCAGCCCCCCCCCCCCCCCCCGCCUUGGAGGGCUUUUUUUCCUCCUGCAUUUUCUAAAAAACUGAAAAA